CGUUGUUCAAACAGAGUAGCCGCAUGUGGCGGGUCUCCGGGAUCGUUUCGUCCUAUUUCUUCUAAAAGUUUGCCGCUUACAUGCUUUCUCCAACCUGUAAUUCACAGGAGGAGAACCACGUAACCUUGUUCGUAGCCGCAAACACAUGAGACCAGAUGAAGGUUACAGAGAAGCUAAGAGGCUCCUACAGCAACACUAUGGAGAUGCACUGCGAAUUGCAACAGCCUAUAUGAAUAACGCCCUCGAAUGGCCACAGAUCAAGGCAGAGGAUAGAAAGGAUUUUGACAUUGACAUCGUGGCUGUGAUCAACGACACGGUCGGCACCAUGAUGACAUGUGGAUACGACGACCACAACUGUGAAAUUGGUCUCAUCGUCGCUUUGAGAAGAUGAUCAGUGGCAUGUACAUGGGUGAGCUGGUGCGCCUCAUCCUAGUGAAGAUGGCCAAAGAGGGCUAUGUCUUCCAGGGCCGCGUGACGUCUGCCCUGCUCACCACUGGACACUUCCAGACCUCUUUCGUGUCAGCCAUCGAGAAGGAGAGGUGAGCCAGUCACGGAGAGCGCGUGUGUCUGUUUGCUUGUGUGUGUAUUUCUCCUGUUCUCCACCCACUGGUUUGCCUGCCUUUCCAGGAACAACGAGGG